AUGGCUGUAUCAGAACAUACGGUCGCGGAGAUGCCUGCUGAGAUUAUUCAGAUGUCCCAUAUCAACGCCGAGUCCCAUGGAAGGGCAUUAGUAGACCCUAACUCCAACGUAUUACAACUCGUCGGGAACUGGCUCAGUGACUAUGGGCCUGGCAAAUGGAUCCUUAUCAUAGAUAAUGUAGAUGACGAUUGGCUCCUGCGUAGGCCUUUAGUAACCAGCCAGAGCAAUGCCUCGAUACGGCCACCGCUAGAAUAUAUCCCACGAAAUUCGAAAGGCUCGGUCAUCAUUACGAGUCGCGACAAAAGACUCGCGCUACGAAUGGCUCAUCAUAAGAAUAUCAUUGAAGUAUAA